AUGCGCUUGGUAUGUUUCGCAGCAGCUUCCGCUGUCGGUGUUGCCGCGGCGUUUGUGCCGAGUGCUAUCCCCUACAGCAGCUGCGUGCGAACAUCGUCGUCGGCAGCGGGCAAUCAACCUCGUCAGCGAAACGAUGCUGAAUACGCCGCAUCAUCGGCAAGAAGAAGAGCAGCAACUGCAACAGCAGCAGCAUCAGAAGGAGGAGGAGGAGGAGGAGGAGGAGGAGGAGGAGAAGGAGGAGGAGGAGACGGCGGGCGCGUGGGUGUCAUCGUGUGUGACCAUGGCUCCCGUCGCGAGAACGCAAACACGAUGCUGUUUGAGGUGGCGGAGCGAUAUCGCUCCUUCUCUGGCUUUGAAAUCGUCGAGGCGGCACAUAUGGAGCUCGCGGAGCCGAGCAUCGAGGAAGCCUUCGACCGCUGCGUGGCCGCGGGCGCGCAGAAGGUAGUCCUGCACCCGUUCUUCCUGAGCCCCGGCCGGCACGUUACGUCGGACAUCCCGGCGCUCAUGGUCGCGGCCGCGAAGCGGCACCCAGGAGUAGGCUGGGUCGUGUCGGAGCCGCUGGGGCUUCAGGAACUCAUGCCGCGGGUGAUGCACGCGGCCGUGUCGGAGUCGGUUGCGGGAGGAGCGUGGCGACACGGCGGAGAGUAGCGCUCUGCAUUAUGCUUGGAUGCCCCCCAUACCCAUGGCCUGGUGGUGCCGGGGAGGCGAUACAAUUGAUCUCCCCCAGGUUGCGUUCGAGCUACCGUAUCCGAGUCAGUCACACGGGAGUAAAGAUAUUUUUUUUCUGUGCAAACCGUGUGGUUUGUCUUCUUCCCUCGUUGGCGUGAAGUGGUGCUCAUUCUUGUUGGUUGGGUUGCUCACUCCCCCCUCCUUGGCAGGGGCUAGAAGCUGCUUCGACACGUGUAUGAACAACUCGCUUUAGCAAAAUCAAGUCGCUGGUACUCUGUUUGUCUCCCUAUGUCUUUAGGCCCCCGUGUUUCGACCACCAAAUCGUGCGUGUAUGUAGUAGCGUGCAGAAGGAAGCCAGGUCCCUGCGUUUGCUUCACUUUGGAAGGACGGCGCGUCUAUUUUGCCUGUUGGAUCAGAGCACUGACCCUCGGUUGACGAGAGGGGGUGCCCAACCAAAGUAGUUCCGCGUGUAACACGCGAAAUGACCAUCGCACGCAUUUGUUGGCGACACUUCGAUGCUUUAGACACCUACUGUCGGAGUAGUGGUGGUCUUUGUGAGAGAAUUGGAUCCAUCACGUUUUUGGGUUGUUGCGUGUCGUACAUAAAACGCACAAAUGCACCCUUUCUUGCGU